CACAUAGAAAUAAACAGUUCAGAUUAUAGCGAAUUAAUACAUUUCAUUUAAGUUAUUAAAUAAUAGAAUGGAAAAACAAUUUAUUGAUAAUGAUUGCAAUGAUUAAUACAAGAAUCUGCGAUGCAACGCCUGUUUUCACAGGCUAGUUUUUAUUUCAGUUAUAAUCGCUUUAAGCUAUAGUGAUAACACAGCAAGGCUGGAAAACAACAUAGUAAAACCGAGAGGAUUGUUGUUGAAGAAUUUCGGUGGAUCACUUUUUAAAACCGUUUAGAUUUUGGAGAAGAUUUAAUCCUGACGCCGGGUGGCGGUAAUACACUUUAAAGCUGUGUGAUACCUAUUUUCAAAUACAGAAGAAGAAGAAACUGAUGAAACCUCUGUAGGGACACAUUCUCCUUUCCGUUUACAAAGCCAGCAAUGGCGUUGCUUUACGGCCUUAUUUGGCGCCUUCUUUUAGCUUUAGUCCGCAUCAAAAGAGCGACAGUUUCUUGGCUCCGAGUCCGUCUUCGAACAUGGAAAGGCCGUUUCUGGCAGCGGACAAUGGCUGCGCUGCUACUGCCGGUUCCUGCGUCUGAGUUCAAGCAGAAGGCCGGUGCUAACCAGAGUUCUGACGGUGACGGUGACGGUGAUGGCAAAGGCGCUGGAAGCCGACGGUCACGUUGGUUAUCUGACGGGAUUUCGCUGGAGAAACUACCGGUCCACAUCGGCCUUGUAGUGGCUGAGGAGGAGCUCAGCUACACGGACAUUGCCAACAUGGUGGUCUGGUGUAUGGCAGUCGGUGUUUCCUACGUCAGCGUCUACGAUCAUCACGGUAUUUUCCAGAAGAACAACUCUUGGCUUCAGGAGGAGAUAGUAAGGCAACAGCACAACCUGUUGGGUGGAGAUGACUCUACAUUCAAUAUGGAGUUACUGAAAAAUGGCACAGACAAACCCCAACACUUUGUUGUGUCCUGUAGACCCAUCGUGAAGGUGCUGUCUCCAGAGGAUGGAAAGCACAGUAUUGUCCAGGCAGCAAGAAAACUUUGUCACUCUGUGGAGAAGAAGGAAUGGAGCUCUAAAGACAUCAGCGUCUCCAUGUUGGACGUACUUCUCAGAGAAUCCAAAAAUAUCCCAGACCCUGAGUUGGUGGUGAAGUUUGGUCCUGUGAACAGCACACUGGGUUUCCUCCCUUGGCACAUCAGACUCACAGAGUUUGUCUCCCUGCCCUCCCACAAAAACGUUUCGUAUGAAGACCUGUUUGGCUCCCUGCAGCAUUAUAGUGCCUGUCACCAGCGGCUCGGACAAUGACCUGCAGAUUGUUCUGCUCUUCAGAGAUCAGGAUCAGGUCUAACAUGUUUGUUCAGAGGCUGGAUUGGAGGUGACAUCCUUCCUGUGUACCAUGACCACACCCAUCCUUUUCUUCUGGACUGAAAACUUUCAGGAUGGCUAAAAGAUGAAGGAAUCAGGAAUGAUGAGCAGCUUGUCUUCUGCCACUACUUUGUGUUUCAUGAUGAAAUCACUUUCCAGUAUACUGCAAAUCAGUGGAACAAGGCUAAACAGAGAUGAACACUGACCUAUGAGGACUAUCUCCACUGACUGUUUUGCAAUAUCGACUCUGUCUCCCCAACCUCGGUGGGUUCUGUGGAUAUUAUUUCCACAGAAAAGAAAUGGAUACAGAAAAAACUGUUAGAUUAAUUGUCAGUUGGAAUCUUGUUAAAUCUGUUAGAUGGAUUUUCAAUACUGACAAUAAAUGGACAAAAGGUCCAUUUAUUAUGAGUGAGAAAUAUCAGUAGUCUGUUGGUCUAUUUGUUCUGUUAUCCAAUUCAAAAUUGUCACCUUACAUUCGUGAUUUAGAAACUGACAAAUGCUUCAGUUUGCCUGAAAUAAAAAAAGGCACAGUCACUUUGGUGACUGACCCAGAAGAAAUUAAACUUUCUUCUUUGAAAGGGUAAGUUCUUGCUCCAUUUUCAACAUUCUGUUUGCAUCUCAAGUAUGUACUUGAGAGAUUUUACAGAUCUUCACCUGCAAAUAUCUAACAUGUGUUAGAUAUUUGCAGGUGAAGAUCUGUAAAAUAAGAUGUAAACAAUGUGUAAAGCACGUGUUUUUGGGCCCUGAUAUUUGUGUCCCAGUGGAUCCCCUGAUAUUUGCUAGAGUCGGGACCAUAACCAACUGAGGGCACCCUCUAAAAACACUUAGUCUGUCCAAUAGUACACACACUGAAUAUACA